AUUUUAAGAUUACAACGUUUGGUAGUUGUGAUUGUAUUUUUAGAAAUGUAGUAGGAAAAUCACUUUUUGAAUGAAAAGUCACAUUUAUCCUUCAUUUUAGAUAUAAAAGUCAAUCACAUAUAAAAGUUGAUAAAGACAUAAAUAAAAGAGAAGAAAAAGGCAUAAAAAAGAAGAAAAGUUGAUUCAUAAUCUCAAAAUGCAAUCUCAACAAUCUCACCAAAUAGUUGAGAUUCUAAAUCAUUCAUUUUGAAUGAUUUCAAAUGUCACAUCAACAAUUAAAUACAUGAAUUGUGUUUUAUUUUGUAACAAAAAAAUGAUGCAUCUCUACAAUACAUGCAUUCAUUAAAUACAUCAUUUAGAUACGCAUCUACCAAACAACCCCUUAUUUCCUAACUUUUCUAGCUCAUUCAAAUGGACAAACCAUUGAAGUGAAGUCAUUUUAUCGGGCAUUCUCUUCACUGCUUUUCAAUUGUCUUGUUACCGAACUCUUAUUAAAUUUAGUUUGGAUUACUUCCAUUUUGUUACUGUUGGUGACUCGACUCUACUGUCACCCUAGGAAUUGGCCAAGUGAAACCACUUCCUAAAGCGUAGUAUAGCGGAUUAGGUUUAUAUGUCAACCCGGGUCCUAGAGCUGAUGACUACUCAGUGAAUUCUUGUUAUCUAGCAAUGAAACUGGAAUGCAAGUCUAAACUAUCAAACUAACAAAGCAAGUAAACGGUUGUAUUCAGGUUAAAGAGGUCACCCGGAUAUGGUUCCCCCUAGACUGCAGUUAAGCCGGAUUGUAAUUACCAAGUUCAGUUUCUAUGAUAGUUACACUGCGGAAGGUUCUUAAACAGCCUGAAGUCUCGACUAAAGGUCUUCAGACCCUCUCAAUCUGAAUCUCUAGCGGGCGACUAACCUCCACCGGAGUAGACAGAUUGAGGCCCUAAGAACAAAACCUCCACUACCGGAGUAAAUCCGGUACAGAAUAGUGAGUUGGUUCCUCGACUAAAGUCACCAACUCCCUACCUUCAAUCAAGGAUACUCUAUCAACCUAGGCAGAUAUUCUCAUUCUAGGUUAAAGCAGAAACAACAGGAAUUUGAUCAGGAUUCAAGUCAUUCAAUCAUUAAAACCUCAAUCGAAUAUAAUCAAUCACAGAAUCAGUACUUGGGUUCAUACAAUCAAAGCCUAACAUACAAAUCUAGGGUUCUCCAUACCCAGAUGAAUGGGAGAACUACUCCAUGGAGAAGAAAGCAAAAGCAGAAUCAGACACGGAAUUCAUACCGCGAAGGACGGAUUCCGGCUCCUGGACGUUGAUUGGCACUUCUCCAAGCUCAAGCUGGCCUCCAAUGGUGUUGAAGAUCAAUCUAGGGCACUUGGGAACUCUUGCUCGUCACUUUCUCUCUCUAGAAGUCGUUCUAUCUCUCAAAAACUCGAAUCCCCUUGACUUGUGGCUGAAAAUCUGCUUAAAAGCAUCAGUGGCCAAAGCACGGUCGAGGACACGGCCGUGCUUUGCCUGAAUCCGCCCGUGCCUCGGUCAAUGUUAAUUACACGGCCAGCAGUUGGGGAGAAACACGGCCGUGCUUCGCCUUGGACACGGCCGUGUAAUGCUUGAACACGGCCGUGCUUUGUCUCGGCCUUGCCCGUGUAAUCAGCUCAGCUCUCGGCAUAAAAAGCACGGCCAUAGGAACACGGCCGUGUAAUGCCUUAGGUGUGCCCGUGUUUUGGCCCCAGCUUGACGAAAUGACCUCCGAAUGCCCCGAAACUCGUGGUUAGCCUUCCCUUUGACGCCUGGGACCUGAAAUAUGACAAAAUAGCACAACCCGGCGUAAAAUAGGCCAAAACACACGACUAUACCCCUCAAACGGAUAAGAACUAGGGGCGCAAACAUGUGCAAUUACAUCGUUAUCAAAUUCCCCCACACUUAACCGUUUGCUUGUCCUCAAGCAAACCAAGUCAGACACAAGGUAAGCUCAAAACAACAAGGCAUGACAUAUCGGCACAAAACACGUGGAUCAUACUGGCUUUCGAUCAUUAACACAUGGACAACCUCACUGACAACCUAGACAACCACCACAGAUGACAUUCGAAUGCAGUAAAAUCGAGCAAAGGAAGAGUCUCCCUUCUGUUCACCAACCAACAUAGACUCGACUCAACCACUUGUUCAAAACAGUCACAUCAUGCACAAAGUUCAAGAUAUCUAGGUCCUCACCGGGAUAAAGAGUAUAGAGAAUAAGAGAAAAUGAAUCGCUCACUCUCGACCAGUGGGGUUAGGACAAUAUGAUGCGAAAAAUGCGCAUGCUUAAUCUCUCAAUCCCUAACAUCUCUUCACCAUGAAUGCAGCCUCUAAGUGCUAGAGUUCACAUAUGGGGUGUCAUCACUAACUAAUCCGGAGGUCUUAGACACAGGUUCAGAUGACUGGCUAGGGUCUUGGACAUGGGGAAAAGGCCUUUUAGGUGGUGGAAGUAUUCAUACAGCACAAGGUUCCACAUUUCCAAACCCAACAGAUUCACAAUCAAUCGAACCAAUAACUUUCUUUCUGCUAUUCUGCAUUACUCAAGUUCAAAGCACAAGAGCGAAGGAGGUUACAAAAAUGCUAUUAUUUCUAAGCCAGACUGCUAAGAAACACUACUACAUGGGCAUUAUUCAGAUUUUUGGUGGUGGCUCUCUUAUGCUUUCAUUUUUUUCUUUGAUUUUCUUUCAUUAUUUUUCAUUUCCUAAGAGAACCACCACCUCUGCAAAUUUUCAAACACCUGCCCAACUUUUAAGCACUACCUCCAACCCUCACAUUACAUUUAGCAGAAACAGCAGAGAACAUGUAAAAAUCACUCUGUGGAACCUUCUAAAAGAUGCAAAAGGGUGACUUUUCAUUGAAGACCGAAAGAAAGGAAAACACACGGCUCAAAGGGGCUGACUAGGGGUAUGACACACUAGGACAGUCAAUUUGGUCGUGGGCUAAUCCUAUGCCUCCAUCAUCUUAGCUAAUGACAACGUGAAUGCUGCACAUCAUGGGAGAGGAAACUAUCGCACAAGAAAGAAACGAGCAGGCUCAAAUCUCACAUGGCUACCUAUAUGCUCUAUCUCUCGUUCUGAUUCCCUGAACUAGAUGCAUAACUGACUGUCAAAAGCAAGUGAUCAAACAAAGUCACAUUUGGUGG